AUGAGGAGCUCUGAAGAUAUUCCGGAGGAGGAGCUAGAGCUUUCGUCGUUGUCAGAAGGCGAGCGAAGUACGCGAUACCUCUCGACAUGGGAGCGAAUGACCCACACACUAGUAAAAUACGCCAAGUUCGUUGGCCCCGGAAUCAUGGUAUCUGUGGCAUAUAUGGACCCUGGUAACUACUCGACUGCUGUUUCUGCCGGCGCGUUCUACGAGUACCGGCUUUUAUUUAUUGUGCUUGUGUCCAACCUAUUUGCGGUCGUUCUACAGGUGCUCUGCGCUAAGCUAGGCGCGGUCACCGGCCUGAACCUUGCCGAGAACUGCCGGAAGCAUUUCCCCUCAUGGCUGAACAUUCUUCUUUAUGUUUUGACAGAAAUUGCUAUCAUCGCCACGGAUUUGGCAGAGGUUGUGGGUACCGCCAUUGCGCUUAACAUUAUUUUCAAUUUGCCCCUCUCACUGGGCGUGGUCAUUACGGUAUUGGAUGUCCUUAUUGUACUCAUGGCCUAUGAUCCAAAUGGAAACAUGCGAAUGGUGCGCUACUUCGAGUGGUUUGUCUCGGUAUUGGUUGCUGGUGUCGUUAUCUGCUUUGGCGUCGAGCUCGUCAAAAUCAAGCCUUCCAACGUGUCGGAUAUUUUCAUGGGGUUCUUGCCGUCAAAGGCUUUGCUAGAACCCAAGGGACUUUACCUAUCUUGCGGUAUUCUCGGUGCUACUGUAAUGCCGCAUAGCCUCUAUCUUGGCUCUGGAAUUGUGCAGCCCCGACUCAAAGACUUUGACAUCAAAACUGGCCGCUUCAAUCCCUGCGAUGAGGCUGCGCACAAAGAGUACAGGCCUUCUCUGGCGUCAAUACGCUAUUCGAUGAAAUACACAAUUGCUGAGCUGGUUAUUUCGCUAUGUACCUUCGCGGUGUUUGUCAACGCGGCUAUUCUGAUUGUCUCGGGUGCCACCCUGUACAAAACCCCUGAUGCAUAUGACGCUGAUUUGUAUACAAUUCAUGAUAUGCUUGUCCGCUUCUUGGGUCAGGCUGCAGGCACAGUUUUUGCCCUGGCUCUUUUGUUCAGCGGCCAAAGCGCAGGCAUAGUGUGCACCCUGUCGGGUCAAAUGAUCGCCGAGGGGUUUAUCGAGUGGAAAACAAGACCGUGGUUGCGACGCAUCAUUACACGCAGCAUUGCAGUCGCACCAUGUCUGUUCGCUGCCUUGUUCAUUGGCCGGAAUGGUCUCGCCCAGGUUCUUAACGGUUCGCAGGUCGUCCUUUCACUGUUGCUACCAUUUGUCACUGCUCCGCUCAUCUACUUUACUGGCUCUAACCUUAUCAUGAAGGUCCGGGUCGAAAAUAACUCCGACGCAAGCUCCCAAUACACUAUGGUUGAGGAUGGAGAACACUACAAGGAUAUGAGCAAUUCACCGCUUUUGCAUUUCUUCGCGUUGGUUAUCUUUAUUCUUGUCAGUGCUUUGAAUCUGUUUAUGAUUUUCUCGGGACUCUCAUAG